AUGUUGUGCCAUUUACAUGUUGCUGUCAAGAAAAUUCUUAAUAUUUUUGGUGCUUGCCCUCUUUUCCUCUUCCAUGCACCUGAUAUAAGCAGACGUUGUUUUGGUUGCUGUGCUAAAUCCCAACCAAUUAUUGCGGUGGAUGAACCAUCAAAAGGAUUGAGAAUUCAAGGACAAGAGGUGAAGAAACCGAGCAUUUCAGAAGAUUUUUGGAGCACCAGCACGUGUGAUAUGGACAAUAGCCAAGUUCAUUCUCAGAGAAGCGUAUCAUCAAUUAGUUUAUCAAAUCAGAGCCUCAAUCUGUACAGUGGCACUGGCAGCACAAGCAACUGUACUGAAUUUGUAAAUCAUGGUCUUUUGCGCUGGAACCAGACCAGGCUUCUGUGGAAUGGAAGUACGAAGUCACAGAGCAAAGGAAAAGUUCCGGAGCCUGUUUUAAAGAUACGGGAAUAUGCCUAAAAAGAGUACAAAUUUUGGACACGGGUA